CAGAAGACCAAUCGCUGUACCGGCUCAAACUCCUCAGAAAUGGAUUCGCAACCGUCAUCGAAAGCGCUUCACUAUCGCAUCAACACCAACAUCUCGCAAUUACUCCAACGAUUCGAGAACAUCAUGGCCACAGCAACCACCGAAAGCACCAGCCACACCUCCACCGCCGUCGAGACAUACCAGCUCGACGUGGAGUCCACAGCAUUGGUCCGCGCCGCAGAAGACAUUCUCGCCCUGACCCGAACAAUGAAAGAAACGUGGCUAUUCGGGAAACUCGACACGCUAGGCGAAGACGAAGCGGACGUGAAGCGACGCGAGGAAUUAGAGAUGAAUGCGGAGGCGAUUCAGAAGGCUAUUGAAGAUGGGGGGUUUUUGAAAGCUGCUAAGUGAGCAGCAGCUUUGUUUUGAGUUGUAUACUGUGGUGCAUGGCGUAUACUGGGUUGGUUAGUUUGGUUGGUUGGUUAUUGCAUGGAGUUGGUGGAUAAAUGGCGUUAGGUUUUCAGUUGAUAGAAUUGCGAAUUAG